AGCUCCAACAUCAUCAAUAACUUCUUCUGUGACAUCCCCCAAUUGUUGGCAAUCUCCUGUUCUGACACCCGCAUCAAUGAGAUUGUGAUGUUUGUUUUUAUGAGCUGCAUUCUAGUGAGCAGCCUUGUCACUGUCCUCCUCUCCUAUGUCUAUAUCAUCUCCACCAUCCUGCAGAUCCGCUCUGCCGAGGGGAGGCACAAAGCCUUCUCCACCUGCACUUUCCACUUGACUGCUGUAGCCCUGUAUUUUGGCACCCUCCUCUUCAUGUAUUUACGUCCCACCUUCAGCUAUUUCAUGGACACAGACAAAGUGGCCUCAGUGUUUUACACGCUGGUGAUCCCCAUGAUGAACCCCCUCAUCUACAGCCUGAGGAACACGGAGGUGAAGGAUGCUGUGAAGAGAGCAAUGAAUAAACUCCUAACCAAUUCUUGA